GUUCUGCAAGACAUUGCAAUAGCUAUGCAUGCAAAUGCAUUUCUACAAUACAGCUGAAAUGUAUAGCCAAUUUAUUUUUAGCUAGUGCUCAUCUGCAUCUGAGUCAAUAUGAUCCCAUAUUAGCAAUAGCUAGUGUUGUUCAGUUCAACAAUUGUAUCAGUUUCCGUCAAGGGUGGCCAUUGGCCAGUGUUAACAUCUGUCAUACAAUAUAUAUGUUUCUGCUUGGAACCAUAAACGUUUAAACUAUGUUUUCCCCCCAAUUCUUCACUACAUCAAUGUCAUUGUGAAAUAGCUUUGUGGCUUCAUACAGGCUAACAAUGCAUAACAAUGGAAGACAAGAAUGUCCAUGCCUUAUGGAGGGAUCCCAGCCAUAUCCUCUCAAAAGAUUGUUACAAGAACAAGUCUAAUUUGUGCUAAUGGUGUUUGACUGCAGACAGCAAGACCUUCAGAGAGAUUCAGAUCAACUUUAUUACCCCACCAGGGGGAAAUACAUUUGGUCAUGUGCUUAAAAAGACGGUGUAUAUAAAGCAUGAAAACACAGAAAAGACACAAAAUAAUUCAUUCAAAGUGGUAUAGCUACACAUUUGAAAGUGAAAGUGCAAUAUGCUGCAUACUCGAGGGACCCACAGACUAUUAUACACCGUAAUGGCUGUUUGGAGUAAAAGAGUCCCCAUAUCUAUGGAUUUUGAGUGAAGGGGUUGAGUACUGUCCUGUAAAAUACUUUCACGUUUUAGGAGGAUGAGUUUUGUGUAGAGGUCGACCGAUUAAUCGGCAUGGCCGAUUUUAAUUAGGGCGGAUUUCAAGUUUUCAUAACAAUCUUUAAUCUGCAUUUUUGGACGCUGAUUAUGGCCGAUUACAAUCCACGAGGAGACUGCGUGGCAGGCUGGCCACCUGUUACGCGAGUGCAGCAAGGAGCCAAGUGAACAUCAUGGGCGGUUGAGAAACACACCCUUGACAUAUCUUUUGUGAGGAGCACAGAAGGCUAGUUAGACUAGGCUAUAUUCCAGACCAGACCCCUCAGCCGCAGUCCAGAAGCUUCUGCAGCCAUGGCUGAGGAGGACUAUGGCUGCUUUGUGGACUGGACCCAAAUGGGGGACAUGGCCAAGAGCAAUGGCACCUCCAAAUUGGAUGUUAAGGACCCCGUGGAGCUCAAAAAGCUGGCCAGGCAGGGCCACUGGUCCAAGAACCACAAGCUCCGUGCCCAGGUCUACCAGCAACUCGUUAAGGCAAUCCCCUGUCGAACCGUGACACCCGACGCCGAGGUCUACCGCGACCUCAUGGGCGACGACACAGGUAAAAAAGCCUUGUCCUCCAUCCCACUGCCAGACUUUGUGGACGGCAGCGCUGUGCCGCACUACUGCCUCAAGGCAGACGCAGUGACCGCCGUCCACCGGGUCAUCUCCUGUCUGGCGGAACAGUUCCCGGACAUCUCGCACUGCCCGGCGCUGCCCGCGAUGACAGCCCUCCUGCUGCACUUCAGUGUCAACGAGGCCCAGUGCUUCGAGCACGUCAGCCGUCUGCUGGCCUGCAAUGAGCCGGGCCAACGCUUUGUAGACCAGACCUUCCUGGCCUAUGAGUCCAGCUUCAUGACCUUUGGCGACCUGGCCAACAAGUAUUGCCCGGCAGCCCACAAGCUCAUAGUGGCUACAGUGCAGGACGUGGUGGAGGUGUACUCGGACUGGCAGCGCUGGGUGCUAGGUGACCUGCCCUUCAGCCACGUGGCAAGGGUCCUAGACGUCUUCCUGGUGGAAGGAUACAAGGUGUUGUACCGCGUUGCCCUGGCCCUGCUCAAGUUCUACCGCAAGCAGAAGGCCAGGGAUGGAACACAGCAAUCAGAGGGCCAGAAACAGGACUCUGCAGGGGUCAAGGCUGAGAUCCAGGCUUUCGUCAAGGCCAUCAGCUCCUACAUCACCCCGGACAAGCUGCUGGAGAAGGCCUUCUCUAUCCGCUUGUUCAGUCGCAAAGAGAUCACCCUCCUGCAGCUCACCAACGAGAAAUCGCUGCAGCAGAAGGGCAUCACCGUCAAACAGAAGAGGCGGAACGUGCAGCUGGCUCUGAACCCGGACACCUUCUCCUCGGAGGUAGUCAGCGCCAAGGAGAUGAAGGACAUCUGGUCGUGGAUCCCCGAGCGCUUCGCCCUAUGCGAACCGCAGCUCCUCUUCACCACCUCGACCCAUGGCUGCAGCCUCAACAGGUUCUACGCUCAUGUCGAAGGCCAUGAGCCCACUCUGCUACUCAUCCGGACCUGCGAAGCUGACGUAUGUGGAGCCUUCCUCUCUACAGAUUGGGAGGAGCGCAAGCGAGGCGGGAACAAACUUGGCUUCUUUGGGACUGGAGAAUGUUUCGUCUUCAGGCUGAAGCCGGAGAUGGAGAGGUAUGAGUGGGUGGUGAUCCGUCACCCGGAGCUGGCCUCCACCAUCAAGGCCCAGAGCAGCGAGGUCCCUGCCGAGGACGAGGCUCCCCCCGGCAAGCAGAACUCGGGAGGCGACAGCCUUCCCGUGGAGAGGCCAGCCGCUGACCCAUCUGAUCGCCUGUCGCCCUUCCUCUCAGCCCGACACUUCCAUCUCAACCCCAGGAACACCUCCAUGUUCAUGGCGGGCAACUUUGACUCCAUCAUAGUGGGGGGAGGCGAGGGCAACGCGCUGUACAUCGACAGUGAGCUAAACCACGGACGCACAGCCCGCUGCACCACCUUUGACAACCCGCCGCUCUGCUCCACCGAGAGCUUCCAGGUGGCCCUGCUGGAGGUGUGGGGCUUCAAGGACACCAUGGCCUCAGAUAGAUAAGACAGACACACACACACACGGACACACAGUUCGAGAUACACACAUCCCACCAAGGGCCUGAUGAAGGUACCUGCAGUAUCAGAACAAACCCCUUUCCGUCCAGCAAAUUAAUUUAUCCAUUGAAUUCUACAUAAAUGUGAAAUAUUUUUAUUUAUUCAUGUGAAACAAGUAUCAUAUUCUGAAAGUAUUUUUAUUUGUGAUUCUUUUUUUUACAGAUGUUUUAUUACAUUGUAUUAAUAUUUUUGUUGACUCUCAUUCGGAGGGGUUUGAUGGCGAAAAGCAGCUCUGUUGUUAAAAAGGCCUUGUCUAGAAUGAUCAAAUGUCAUGAUUUUACACACUCAAGUAACUUAAUUUCUGUAUUCACUUUAUAUCCACUCCUUAAUGUGUGCAAUCUGGUUAUGCACCAAACCAACCGCCAAAAUGGUGGUAAGUAGGCCUAUAAGGCCUGUAUUCACUAUAUCGAACAUAUGCAGUCUACCCAGCUGUCAGAACUGGGGUCUAUUCAAAUGAAUUGUACAACGUGAAGUGUGGCUGUUGUGUGCGGCCAUAUUCUCACCAGAUGUACUCUUAGCUCUGAGCACAGCAGUACAUAAGAGAGGCCCCUUUGUAAAGUAUGUGAAUAUUGUUCUUUGAAUGUGUUUUAUUGAUAGUGUGAAAGGGUUAUCAGGUGAGAUGAAGACCAUAUCCACGUCCCUCGUCAUUUAGAUGCACAAUCUGUGGUAAAGCUAUCUGUGUAAGUAAUGCAGUAUUCAUCUGUCUUUCUCUAGCCGUCCUACAAACAAUAUCAUCCCCAAAAAAUUGCAGAAUAUGUACGUUCUUGUGCAGAGACUCAACUGUAUAUCAUUGAAUAUCUGUUGUAUUGGAAGAAAGUCCUCCAGUGAAGUAUUGAUUGACAAAUUACAGAUCAUCCGACUUCAACUGUACAUGUGAAAGUAAUACACUUUUAAAACAAGUGA